AUGUCCUCCUACGGCAAAAUCGACGAGCAUGAGCAAGCGAAGCUCGAGGCAAGUCGGAGGACAAAGAAGAGAAUCGCCAUUAUCGCCAUAUCUUCCAUCGUUCUCGUCUGCAUUAUCGUCGGAGCCGUCGUCGGGACCGCAGCUAACGGUAACGGCCAAAAACGUUCGAAGGAGAGUGACGAAGAAUCACUCUCCGUCUCCGUGAAAGCCGUUUGCGACGUGACAUUGCACAAAGAAAAAUGUUUCGAGACCGUUGGAUCGGCUCCAAACGCAAGCCGACUAAACCCGGAGGAGCUUUUCAAGUACGCCGUCAAAAUCACCAUCAUCGAGCUCUCAAAAGUUCUCGACGGAUUCUCCAGCGACGACCACAUGGAUAGCGCCACGUCAGGAGCAAUGGGAGCUUGCUUUGAGCUCAUCGAACUAGCCGUUGACCAGCUCAACUAUACGAUGAAGUCAAUGGAAGACAAGAAAACGACGCCCUAUGAGAGCAUCGACGAUCUCAGGACGUGGCUUAGCUCCGUGGAAACGUACCAAGAAACGUGUCAGGAAGCGUUGAACGAAGCGAACAAACCGGGUUUGGCGAAUUACGGAGAAACACACAUGAAAAACGCGACGGAGAUGACAAGCAAUGCGUUGGCGAUCAUCACGUGGCUAGGGAAAAUCGCCGACUCCAUUAAGCUGAGACGACGACGUUUGAUGACGACCGGUGACGUCAGCCCUCUUGACUUGGCGAUGAUGAAAGGUCGGAGGCUUUUGGAGAGUGGUGAUUUGAGGAAGAUGGCGGAUAUCGUGGUGGCGAAAGAUGGUUCGGGGAAGUAUAGGACCAUAACGGAGGCUUUAGAGAAAGUGAAGGAGAAGAAUGAGAAGCGUACGAUUAUAUAUGUCAAGGGAGGAGUUUAUUUGGAGAAUGUUAGGGUUGAGAAGACCAAAUGGAAUGUUGUGAUGGUUGGAGAUGGACAGAGGAAGACUGUUGUCGCUGCUGGACUCAACUUCAUCGAUGGAACCCCAACGUUCCAUACCGCCACAUUUGCUGUGUUCGGAAAGGGAUUCAUGGCUAGGGACAUGGGCUUCCACAACACAGCGGGUCCAGCGAAGCAUCAAGCCGUAGCUCUAAUGGCGAGCGCAGACUUAGCCGUGUUCUAUAGAUGCACCAUGGACGCUUUCCAAGAUACGCUUUACGCUCAUGCACAACGUCAGUUUUAUCGCGAGUGUGACAUUUACGGAACGGUAGAUUUUAUAUUCGGAAACGCUGCAGUUGUUUUCCAAAACUGCAACAUCUUGCCUCGUCGACCCAUGAAGGGCCAACAAAACACCAUAACCGCUCAGGGCAAGAAAGAUCCGAACCAAAACACCGGAAUAUCAAUCCACAAUUGUACCAUCUUGCCUUUGGAUAACCUAACCGGUAUUAAAACGUUCCUAGGCCGGCCUUGGAAGGAGUUCUCUACGACGGUGAUCAUGAAGUCGUACAUGGACGGGUUUAUCGACCCGAAAGGGUGGUUACCAUGGACUGGAGAUACCGCACCAGACACCAUUUUCUACGCCGAGCACUUGAAUUUCGGACCAGGAGCCUCGACGAAGAACCGGGUUAAGUGGAAAGGGUUGAAGACUUUUUUAACAAAGAAGGAAGCGAAUAGGUUCACGGUGAAACCUUUCAUUGACGGCAAUAACUGGUUGCCGCCAACCAAAGUUCCCUUCAAAUCUGAUUUUUGA